AGUGACUGUACUAGAUUAGUUUUUCAUAAUGAUGUGGAUUAAGUUUCAUUCGUUUUCUUACCAUGUUAAUAAUUACGAAACCAAUGGUAUAUCAAUCUUAUUUGCUUCCACUCCCCAUGGAAGUCGACAGCUAACUAACAAACAGGCGCAUAAACAAACUGUAAAUCUAGGAAUUGUUCUCAUGCCUAUUUAUUGUUCAUUCUCGUUGGAGGUCUGCGAUCUGCAUUGUGACAUUCAAAUUAUUAAUGAUUCCACAGAUUCCAACCAUGAAACAAAAGACUUGUCACAAUGAAAUAAAGGCUUUUACUGAUAACAGUACAUGUGUUAUGAUCCCUGGCCUUUGGAGACACUUUACACAAUGUUGCAUCAGUCGUCUCCAAAGGGAGCCCAACUUUGUUUUCAUCUGACAGUUUUACUCUCAAGGCACUGUCCAACACACUGGAGGCUAAUUUCCUUCAACAGGACUGAAAACAAAGUGGACUAAUGGCCUCUAAUGAGCAUGUAUCCAGUAAACACAUGUAUGUACAUGUAACAUUGGUUCCUAUGUCACCAUAUUUCCUUUUUGUCUUUAUUUUUUAAAUCCAGAAAGUAUGCCAGUCAAUGGAAUUUGAGACAGUACUGUAUUUUAAUUAUUUACUUCUAAAACUACAAACUUAAAGGGAUAGAUUACCUCUUUAUCAUGUGCAUACCAAUGGAAAGAAUCUUGUUUAAUAAAUUGAAAGAACACGGAAUUAAAUUUUCUUAUGAGUAAGGGGGAAAAAACCAUCAAUGCAAGCCAGAAUUCCUCGGUAUCUAUCAAUGAGCCUGUGGGUGAGUAUAACUGACAUCACAAAAUAGCUAUGCUGGUUAUCCGUGUCAUUUUUUUAUGUUUAACCAAUUUUUUUCUCCAUUAUUAGAGUUCAAAGUAUUCGCAUAUGUUGUUUUUUACUUGAACUAGUUGUCUUUUCCACAGAAUUGAAGACCAAUAUGAGCUGCUUAUUUGGAGAUUCAGCCACUUGACUAUCAAUAUUUAGACCUGAAAAAUGUUAUUUCAAUAGGUCGACACAUUGUUAUGUCCUGACAUAAUGAGUGUUUCAAUGGAAAUGUUGAUAACCACUAUCAAAAAAUAAGGUAAAUUACUGUGUGGCGUUUGCUUGUAACAAUACACUUGGGAGAAACAAAGUCUCAUUUUAGAAUUGAGCCUAGCAGCACAAAUUUGAAAUCAGGGAAAGAGGACUGAACAUUUGUCGAGGAAGAACGAUGGCAAUUGUGCCUUUCAUGAGUCAUUCACUCAUUCAAUGACAGCUAUUCUAAAAUAAGCCAGACCCUGGAGUGCCAGCUGGUUUAGAGGGUUUUUGACUAAUCGAAUGUAAAAUUGAGAAUGAGUGUUCUGUGAAAGAAAAAAAUAUCAAGCAGAAGAGGUGACUUUUUGUGGCAAAAUAAUGAUUUUAACCAACUAAUGUGUGGUUGUUGUUAUAUAUCCAAGACCAGAGUUGUAUUUUGUCAUUUUUAUGACAAGUGCAUAAUUCUGCUCACUACCACAACACAUCUACAAAUGUAUACAUCAGACAAUUGGACUCAAGUCGACUCGAGUCGCAAAUUUAAUGGCUCACAACUCGACUCGGACUUGAACAAAAAAAAACACAGACCCGGACUUGACUCGUGUGAGCUGGGAGGGUCUGAGACUCGAGACUUGACUCAAUUUGUGAGGCAAUAACUCGAGACUCGACUCGACCUGACUCGUGAGACAAUGACUCGAGAUUCGAAAAGCUGACUCGAAAAAUUUGGAUCAUGGAUAGGUUCCAACCUGCCAAUGAUUGGCUUGGAACACCUUAAUGCUGGUUUAUUCCCUGCAGACUAUACUGCAUUGUUUUUUUACAGUGGCAGUAUGGUUUCCCUCAAAAGAUAAACCUGAGUGCUUUGUGGGUUGACUGGGGAAUAUUGGUGAAGGCCUUGACUCAAGUCGACAACCUUUUGGCUUGACAUGACUCGUCUUUACAACCUUUGACUUGAAACGACUCGUCUUUAUAACCUUGUGACUCGACUGGACUCGACAUAACCUCGUGGCUCGACUUGACAUAACCUCGUGACUCGACACAACUUGACAUAACCUCGUGACUCGACAUGACUUGACUCAACAUAACCUCAUGACUAGAUUGAGAGAUAACCCCGUGACUCGACUCGACAUAACCUCCUGACUUGACUCAACUCGACUCGACCUCCUGGCUCGACUCGGCUCGACAUAACCUCCUGGCUCGACUCCAUUCUACAUAACCUCACAACUCGACCCGACAUAACCUUGUGACUUGACUCGGCAUAACCUCCUGACUCAAUUCGACAUAACCUCCUGACUCGACUUGACUCGACAUAAUCUCUUGACUCGACUCGAUAUAACCUCCUAAAUCGAAAUAACUUCGUGACUCCACUCGACUUGACUCGGCAUAACCUCAUGACUCAACACAACUUGACUCGAGAUAACCUCGUGACUCAACUCGAGAUAACCCCUGACUCGACUUGACUCGACAUAACCUCCUGACUCGACACAACCUCCUGACUCAACUCGACUCGACAUAACCUCCUGACUCGACACAACCUCCUGACUCAACUCGACUCGACAUAACCUCCUGACUCGACACAACCUCCUGACUCGACUCGGCAGAACCUCCUGGCUCGACUCUGCUCAACGUAACCUCCUGGCUCGACUCCCCUCUACAUAACUUCAAAACUCGACUCAACAUAACCUCGUGACUCAACUCGAGAUAACCCCUGACUCGACCUGACUCGACAUAACCUCCUGACUCGACACAACCUCCUGACUCAACUCGACUCGACAUAACCUCCUGACUCGACACAACCUCCUGACUCAACUCGACUCGACAUAACCUCCUGACUCGACACAACCUCCUGACUCAACUCGACUCGACAUAACCUCCUGACUCGACACAACCUCCUGACUCGACUCGGCAGAACCUCCUGGCUCGACUCUGCUCAACGUAACCUCCUGGCUCGACUCCCCUCUACAUAACUUCAAAACUCGACUCAACAUAACCUCAUGACUCGACUUGAGUUGAAAUAACCUCGUGACUCGACUCGACUCAAGAUAACCUUCUGACUCCACUUGACUCGACAUAACCUCCUGACUAGACACAACCUCCUGACUCGACUAGACAUAACCUCCUGACACAACUCGACAUAACCUCCUGAUUCGACUCAACUUGACAUAACCAGUCAGCUAGGCAUAACCUCCUGGCUCGACUCCACUCUACAUAACCUCACAACUCAACUCGACAUAACCUCGUGACUCAACACGACUUGACAUAACCUCGAGACUACACUUCGAGAUAACCUCGUGACUCGACUCGAGAUAACCUCCUGACUCGACAUAACUUCCAGACUCGACUUGACUCGACAUAACCUCCUGACUCGACUCAACUCGACACGAUCUCCUGGCUCGACUUGGCUCGACAUAACCUCCUGGCUCGACUCCACUCUACAUAACCUUGCAACUCGACCCGACAUAACCUUGUGACUUUACUCGACAUAAUCUCCUGACUCGACUCGAUAUAACCUCCUGAAUCGACUCAAGAUAACCUCCUGACUCGACUUGACUCGACGUAACCUCCUGGCUCGACUCUGCUCGACGUAAUCUCCUGGCUCGACUCCACUCUACAUAACCUCGAAACUUGACUCGACAUAACCUCUUGGCUCUAUUUGACUUGACUCGACAUAACCUCGUGACUUGACUCGACAUAACCUCCUGACUCGACACAACCUCCUGACUCGACUCGACGUAACCUCCUGACUCGACGUAACCUCCUGACUCGACACAACCUCCUGGCUCGACUCUGCUCGACGAAACCUCCUGGCUCGACGAAACCUCCUGGCUCGACGAAACCUCCUGGCUCGACUCUGCUCGACGUAACCUCCUGGCUCGACUCUGCUCGACGUAACCUCCUGGCUCGACUCUGCUCGACGAAACCUCCUGGCUCGACGAAACCUCCUGGCUCGACUCCGCUCGACGAAACCUCCUGGCUCGACUCCGCUCGACGAAACCUCCUGGCUCGACUCCGCUCGACGAAACCUCCUGGCUCGACUCCGUUCGACGAAACCUCCUGGCUUGACUCCACUCUACAUAACCUACCUCGAAACACUCGACAUAACCUCAUGACUCUACUUGACUUGACUCGACAUAACCUUGUGACUCGACUCGACUCAAUAUAAUCUUAUGACUCAACUCAAUUUGCUCACAACAGGUAAGACUCGGGACUUACUUGUGACUCCGUUUGAGUGCAAAAUGUCUGUUUAUUCAAUUCCAGCCUCACCCAGUGUAUUGCGUGGGUGGGAGCCAACUGUGCUCAUCUCAAAUUUAAAAUAUGUGAAAAUCUUUGGCACUUUCAUUUUCGCUCGUCUUUACACAGAGAUACGUGAUGAAAGUUUCAUUUUGAAGGGAUCAUAUUUGCCCAUUAGAGUCAUUUUGUCAUUGUAUUGUCCAAAAUUUCACGAGAUUCUGUUAGCUUUUGAUACCUCAUUUUAGCACACCUAUGGAGAACUUUAAAACAAUGCUGGUAAUAACCUAUUCGGGUGCAACAAACGUUACUGUAUAAAUAUAGCAUUGAUGAUUUGACAUUCUAAAACAUUCCUCUGUCGGGAUGUCGGAAUUUGCUGUGUUUCAGAUUGAUGGAACUGUAUGGCCAUCAGUGGCAGCCAAUGCCAAGUAAUUACCAUAAUUUUUGCACUAUAAGGCGCACCUGACUACAAGCCACCACCCACCAAAUUUGACACGAAAACGACAUUUGUUCAAAGAUACGCCGCACUGGACUAUAAGCCGCAGCUAUCGUCACUGUAUUAUGGGAUAUUUACACCAAAAGAUAUUAACCGGUAACACUUUAUUUGACAGCGGCAUCAUACGACUGUCCUAAGACCAAAUGAACUACCAUCAUUGCUUCAAGAAGCUUUAUUUGGCCAUCACUGCUCCCUUGGGAGAGACAGUCAACCUCUGCUGCCACCUGCUGUCAACACUGUUGUUGUCCAACAUGCCUCCUAGCAUGCAUUGCAGCGCUACAGAUGUAAAUAACAAUCGAAGUUAAUGUUCUGUGCUAAUUAUUUCUUCAGUCACUAUUCCAGUUGUUUCAUUAGUUGCUACUUAUGGUAUUUGGUAACACUUUAUUUGACAGUGGCACCAUAAGACCCUCAUUAGACAAUCAUAAUAAUGAUAUGACACUGUCAUGAACAUUUAAUGAAUGCUUAUAAAAGAUGUCAUUUAGUGUUAUCCGGCAAAUUAUCUUCCUUUUAAAUGGAUGUAAAAGAGCCGAGCUGGACAUAAAUGGAGUUAGUGACAUAAUUUGCUGGAUGACACUUAAUGACAUCUGUCAUAAGCAUUCAGUAACGCCCAUGACAGUGUCAUGUCAUAAUUAUGACGGUCUUAUGACGCCGCUGUCAAAUAAAGUGUUAUCUAUUAACCCAAAUAAAUCAAUGAAUAAGUCACACUGGACUAUAAGCCGCAGGAUUCAAAAGGAAGGAAAAAAAGCGCCAUAUAGUCCGAAAAUUACGGUAGUUAAAAUGGGGAAUUUCACUUCAUUUCCAGCUGCCUCAAGGUCAUUUCAUUUUCAUUUUGGGGUAUUUACAGGUCACGAUUUGUUGAUUUUCAGUUAUCCUAGCUACCACGCGUUACAAUGUACAAGACAUGGAUUACACAAGGUGUGCUCUUUGGUCUGUACUGUAUGUAAAGCACACGACAGCUCUGGAUGCUAACAAUCUACAUAAUUAUUUUGGGAUAAGUCUGAAAACGCAAUAUGCUUACCUUGAAUAUCUGCUAAUAAAACCGGAGUUCCCAACAGCAUACACUCUCGCUCCCAGCCAGAGUUCCCAACAGCAUACGCUCUCUCGCUCUGUUGUCAUUGAGACUUUUGCCCAACUUUUGUCUUAUCAGGUAUUUGCUGCACGCAUUUUUCCCUGACGCUCGUCUUGUGAACGACCGACAGUGCUGUCCUGCUCCUCACUUUUCAGAUCUGGUUCAAAUAGGAAGGGUAGAACCGACGACAUGUUGGGAAAGCUAACGAGUGACACGCUGGAAUUUCGGCAACGGGCCCGGUGACGUCACGCACUGCGACGUAACAAGAAUGGCGACCUAUCACUUAAAAUAAUUUUACAAACUUUAUGAAAACAAAAACAUUAAGAGGGGUUUUAAUAUCAAAUUAUUAUAACUCAUACUAACAUUUAUAUACUAAUAUUCUUGUCUUGUCUUAAAAAUAGAGGAUCCCUUUAAAAGACUAAAUUCUGCAUCUGAGUCCGCUCCAUUCCGUCCAAGUGUGACACUAGUAGAAUGACUAUGGAUGGAUAAACUACAAUAAAUGUGAGUUUCUUAUUCAUUGUUGUUUAACUUAUGAUUGACUAGUUUAGCAAAUACAGAGUUGGAGUUGCAGCUCAGGCAGGACCCGUCAGGGGACCUUCGCGGAUAAACAAGGUGCGUGACCAUAGUAACAAGAAUUUAACCUUGUGACCCAAUAACAAACCAAGACCACCUUGAGUAGCUUAAAAAGGCGCGCACGCACAGGACAAGCAUGGAGUGGACGAUACUGCCACAGAAUGAACAACAGCACAACUCUAACAUUCACUCUGACAGCCUACGUGAUCCUAGAGAAAAACAAAUACGUAUUCUUUAUUAUCUUCCUUUUGCUUUAUAUUGCUACCGUGUUGCUAAAUGUAUUAUUGAUUACUGUCAUUCACCAAAACAAAGUGCUGCACCAGCCUAUGAAUAUGUUUGCAAGUAUGUUAAGUUUCAAUGAGCUCUAUGGCAGCAGUGCUUUAUUGCCUUUAACUAUGAGCAUACUCAUGUCAAAAACACAUGAGAUGAGCGUCAACUCCUGCAUUGCUCAAGUGUACUGCCUGCACACAUAUGCAGCCUCAGAGUACUGCAUACUAGCGCUCAUGGCCUACGACCGCUACCUCGCCAUCUGUUACCCGCUACAUUAUCAAACUAUUAUGUUACCUUCAAAGGUCAACAAACUAAUUGUAUUGGUGGGUCUCUAUCCAUUUAUUGCAUUUGGAUGUUUUUUUUCCAUGACUGCACAGCUGAGUUUUUGUGGAAAAUUCAUACCAAAGUUAUAUUGCGUCAACAUGGAACUGGUUAAAAACGCAUGUACAAAUACAUCCCAUAUCAACAUCGCUGGGCUUCUACUUAUCGGAUUGUUGAUUGCCCCGCAGGUCUUCAUGGUUUUUUUCUCCUAUGUUCGAAUAUUCCGAGUGUGUAAGAAAUUGUCAAAGAAAAAUCAAGUUAGUGCUCUAAAAAAAUGUGCGCCACAUUUAACAUCUUUUUUAAAUUUUAGCAUCGGCUCCUUAUUUGACAUAGCGCAGCAUAGGUUCGAAAUGAGUCAUAUAGCAAUGGAGGCGCGGAUUCUUUUGUCAAUCUGUUUUGCUGUCGGACCACCUUUUGCUAAUCCCAUCCUAUAUGGACUUGGGACGUAUUUGAUUCGAGUUCAUAUCAAAAAGCUGUGUAGUACAUGCAGGCACAGAGGGUGAUUACAACUUGAACUCACUUCAAAUGACAAAAUGUUGAGUAAGAAUGAGGAUAAGUGAAAGCGAAAACAUGAUUCUGCUGCAUUCUUUUGAGCUUCUUUUCUAUUGUAAAUAUAUUAUUUACCAACAUGUGAGAAUGUCUUUGUAAACACCUUCUUCUUUCAUGUUUCAUAAUAAAAACAACAGUGAA